AUGGCUCGCAAACUCUGCCCGGCAUGCGAGAGCAUUGACCUCGGCGCCUUCUUCUCGGCCGAAAUCAACGAGCGCUACCUCGGCGAGCUGUAUAUGUUUCGGGACCAAAGCUGUCCAUUCUGCCGGCUCAUCUCUGAGGCCGUCUGUAGCAUCUUGGGGGAGAAUGGCUCAAAGAGCCUAUACGCCUCCUCUCCCACUGCCUGCAGGCUGUAUGCGCAGAGCCGCAGCGCCCUGACGGUCGUCGGCACGGUCGCGAGCCGUCCGUGGUGGGCCAAGCACCCGCAACCACGUCUGUUGUUGGCUGUGGACAGGCAGCUGUUGCUGCCAUUGCUGCCGCUGGCGAAGUCGGAAGAGGGAUUGGUUCGUCUGAGCCGACCGGUAAUCCGCGAGGUUGAUAACGUCUCUCGCCGCUUUCUCGUAGGAGAGUUCGAGAGGGUGCCGGUAGAGGGAGGGGAAGAGGAAGAAGAAGAGGAGGGAGACGAGGAGGGGGACAACACCAAAUUUCCUCUAUGCCGCUACGCGCGGCGUCGUCAAGUGGAGGACAUGGUGGACACGGACUUGGUCAAAAGCUGGAUAGAGGAGUGUCAGGCGUACAAUGAGACUCCCAAGGCGAGGGAAAGCCACCAAUCUGCCACAAACCUUCUAACGCCUGACCACCCCUUCCGGCUGAUGGACAUCGAGGCAGAGUGUCUUGUAUACAAGAAGGAACCUUGCCGGUACACCACCUUGCCGUAUGUUUGGGGGGACGGGCCGACCUUGCUGAGGCCUGGUGACGGCAAGGAAAUCCCGAUCGCCCUUCUACUGAAACGGAACCGCUGCAGCUUGGAAGAGGUCGGUGGUCUGUCCGAGCAGAGGCUCAGCAGCUGGGACACCGGCAGAAUCCCGCAGACCGUCCGCGACGCUAUGGUGGUGACGAGGGCCGUAGGGAUCAAGUAUCUGUGGGUGGACUCGCUGUGCAUCCUGCAGGAUUGCAGUGACGAGAAGCAUCACCUGAUCGGGCGCAUGGACGACGUGUAUGACGAGGCUGUCGUGACCCUGGUGAUGGCGACAGGAGCGGCAGACGUCAACACAGGCCUCCCGGGCGUCAGCCGUCCUCGCUCCAGCAUCCCGCUGCAGCCGACGCGCAUGAUCGUGGACGUGGACGACAGUAGUCCGGGCACGGAGCUGGCCCUCUGCCCGGUGCUACCGUCGCUGCCGGAGCUCGUGCGGAAAUCGAAGUGGAGCACGCGGGGGUGGACCUUCCAGGAGCAGGCGCUGUCACGGCGGUGUAUGUACUUUACCGAUUCCGAGGUCUUCUUCAGCUGCAGGGCAUGGCAGAGGCGCGAAGGCUAUGACUGGGGCGGCAUCGGGGUUGUUUCCCGGGCUGCCAAGGUCACCAUCCGCACCGGGCCCGCCUGGUGGACCGGCAAGCUGAGAAUGGAUCCCGACCCAACCCCUCACCGGUAUCUCGGCGACGUCAGCCGACUCUUGGCAUCGACGUCGGAAUCGGCACCGACAUCGGCACCGGCCUCGGUCGGACUGCAGGAGUACCAGAGAGCGGUGCAGGACUACAGCCGGCGGGGCUUAUCAUACCCAGAAGACGUGCUGAACGCUUUCAAGGGCGUGCUGAAUCGCUUCAAGCUUCCACCAGAGCAGGUCGGCAGCAGCUCUGCCAUGGACCUGGACGCAUGCGACUCUCAAGGACUGCCUCUCUCGCGCUUCUUUGAUCGGCGCUCCUCUGGUUCCCCGGCGACGGCGCGCGGGAGCAGACGAACCUGGCUUUUUGGAGCAACGCCCCCGUCGGCAAAAACAAGCUCAGGCUCGGGUGCAGGCACGCAUUUCACAUACGGCUGGCCUAGUUCCGCAUCGCCGUAUGCCAGCAACUACGUCGCGGCCUGGAUGGCCAUCGACAUGAACAUGCUGCCGGCCUGCGAUUCUGAGCAAGCCUCCAAGAAUCUACAGCCGGGCCAGCUCGGUUUCUCGGCCGCCUAUCUGCCCGGAGAUCAAUUCUGGAUACGACCGGAUGAAACCCUGCGGCACGCUUGUGCGCUUGACCUCGUCAGAGACGGUGCUGCUUCUCCUUGCCACCACGGCCAGUUUAGGUAUGACAGUGGUGCGACACGCAGCGGCGGAAGCCAGCAGACUGUUGACGAGCUUGUCGCUAUUGUCGCCGGCGACACCAUCACAAAACCGCCUGACCGCAUGGCCCUUUUUUCGGAUUGGCCAAGAGGCCGGGCGAAAGCGUCUCUUGCAGGGUCGGAGUCGGCUAUAUAUACUACCCCCGAGGCGGAGAUGUGGAGAGGCCUAAAUGGAGUUGCUGAGGAGGGUGAUGAGGCGCUUGAUGUGUGGUUCUGA